GGUGAGAUGUCCAAUUUCAUAAAGAUUCUUCAUGUGGCCCUACCCCUUUCUCUCUCUUCUCUCUCUCCUCUUUCUCAUAUAAACUUGAGGCUCCUCCACCUCUAUAUAAACCUCUCUUGUUGAUUCACCUUCUCACCUCAAAACUAAAGCCUUCUUUCUCUUCUCCACUAGGCUUUGUUGCCUCCUGUUAUUCUCACUAGUCUCUGUUGUUAUUUAUUCAUAUACGCUUCCUUGGGUUUUGCAAUGGCCACUGUUGAGGUUGUGUCAGCAACACCUGCACUCUCAGAGGAGAAAAUUGAGGAACCAACCAAGGCACAGGAAAUCGCCAAGGAGGAAGUAGUUCCUGCACCACCCGCACCUGAAACUGCACCGGAAAAGCCCACAGAGACUGAGACUACUCCGGUAUCCGAGGAGCCUGUGGCUCCAGAAGCUGAAGUUGAGAUAAAGCAGGUGGUAGAAGAGGCGAAGGUCGUGCCUGAAGAGCCAGUGGUGGAGAAGCCACAAGAGGAGACUGCAAAGGUAGCACCAGAACCAGUUGCCGAGGAGACUGAAAAACCAACAGAGAGCACUGAGGCACCGGCACCGGCACCGGAACCGACACCGGAAACUGAAACAGAAGCUGAAGCUCCAAAAAUUGAAGUUACUGCUGAGAAAGAGAAGCCUGCUGAGGUUGAAGAGAAAGUUGAAGCAGAAGCAGAAGCAGAAGCAGCACCAGUUGUGAAGUCUGAGGAAUAAGCCUAGCUAUCAAAGUUUGGCCCAGUGGAAGUUUGUGUGUUGGGAUUGUGGAGCAAUAUUUUCCUGUUCCCAUGUUAUUUGUCUAGUCAUUGGGUUUCUGUUUAGUUUAAUAAGGGUCUUUAGGUACUUUAGACCAAUGCCGACUAGCCAUGUGGCGGAAUUGCAUUAGAAGAAGAAGACAUGGGCAUGAUCCAUCCAUCAUAGGAGGAUGUUUGCUGUGAAUUUUGCCAUGUGGGGGGUAGUGUGGCUAUUGGUUUUAGGACAGGUUUAAUGAGUUGUAUUAUGGUGCAUGUAUGUGAUGCAUGUAUGAUAAUAUAGAGAUGGUCUAUGUUGUGUUGAAUAAUAAUAAUAAUGUGGGGGUAGUGUUAUGUUUGCAUGAAUAUUCUGUCUUCACCUUUUAUGUUGCUUAUUUUCAUCUAGUUUGGUGGCUGUGCUUUAUGACAGAA